AUGUCUGAUCCAGCAAUCCGUCUACGCAAGGCCAUAAUCAACGGGAAUUAUUUUAUAGUUACGAGGUUACUGAAAAGAUAUCCAGACUUACUCGAUAACAUUGAUCCAAAGAAUGGAUGGACAAAUCUUCAUUAUGCCGCGUUUCAUGAUAGGUACGAAAUUGCAGAGGUUAUAUUAGGACAGCUACUGGUACGUGUCGACAGUACAAAAGAAGAAGCAUCAUCAUCUCAUAAUUCUGUAACUCCGGUGCAAGGCUCAAGAAAGCGUGGAAGUAGUUAUGGAAGCAGUGGUAGUACAUUUCCAAACGACUAUACCCAGAUUACCUCAGAAGAUGAGAUAAAGCUUGAUUUCAAAAAGAACACAGUUCUUCAUGCGGCUUGUUCGGGAAAUUCCAGGCAUACUCUACAUCUUUUGUUGGAAUACUUCAGUGUUUGCAUUGAUCAACGUGGUGACCACGGCUACACACCUUCACAUAUAUGUUGCCUGAAAAACUAUCCGGAGUGCCUUAAAAUACUGUUGCAAAAUGGAUCAUAUCCAGAUAUUGUUGAUGACGAUGGGAACACACCACUACACUUGGCUCUUCAGUAUGGGUUUCUGCUUUGUGCUCAAUCUCUAGUCUCAGCUAAAGCAAGUGAUACCAUGGUAAAUAAUGAAGGUUGGUCUGCACUUGAUGUUGUUUAUGAUUAUGAAACGAAAGAGAAAUAUUUAGCCUUGAAAAAACAGAUUCCGAAAAAUGCGGUGGAGCAAGAAUUCAAGUCACAGGAUCAUCAGCCACACACUUCGAACUCAAGUACUUCGGGGCUUAGGCCAUCAAUUGAUGCUAUUCCAACUUUUAGACAUAGAAAGUACUCCAUUUCUUCUUCACUUUCGAGCGACUUCGAAGAUGAUAAUUUUGAAUCGAGUCCUGCUUCCGCAUGGAAAUUAAAUAGCAAGGGAAGUGCGGAAGCUUUAGGGUUGACAACGCUUCGCAAUUCAUCUGGUAUUAGCUUCCGUUCCGAAGGCACGGGUCAUUCAUCUGACGGAUAUUAUGGAUAUGUAAAUAGGCGGGCACCUCCACCUGUCAGUGUAUCUGAGCUUACAUCAAUUAGGAGGAGUCCAAUUUCAACUCAAUCUGAGAUUCCAUCACCUUUGGGUGUUACUUCAACUAUCACCUCACCCGCCAAAACUUCCUCUAUGUCGGGAAGAAACUUUAGAUCAUAUUCACUUAACGACGAUAAUUCACCCACUCGACAUUCUAGAGUAUCAUUAGAUGAUGGAACCCAAACAACCACAAAACUCACACCGCGAUAUUCGAGAAGACUGAGUUCGGCAUCGUCAAAACGUUCACUGCUUUUGCAUAAGCAAUUAAACUCAGCAACUUCAAUGUCGGAGUUUGAGACUUCAAAAUCAGCUGAUAUAAAACCUUCGAGGGCUGGAACACCGAAUCUGGACGCAAAAUCGGGAAAUUAUACAACGGCCAAUUCUGAGGAAAGCGUGCCAUCUUCUGUAAGCAAUACUGUUGAUAAAAACAGAAGGAGUCGGAUACUCAAUGUUCCUAUAGCUAGUCUUCGAAGUCGCCAUCUCACAAAAUAG